GUCUCUCUCUGCCACUGAGCUCGACCGCAUCCGUCACUGAAGCCGCUCUACGACUGAGUGUGCACUGCUUUGUCGUGGUAGCUGAGUUGUUGAGAGGACCGGGAUGGGAUUCUUGUUGGCCGCCAGGAGCUACGUCGCUGCUGCUGCCCUCCUCUGUGUGGUUCUUCCAUGCCACGCGAAGCUCUCGCCCAGGUUCUACGCCAGGACGUGCCCCAACGUGGAGGCCAUCGUGCGGUCGGUGAUGGCGCCGGCCGUCGCCGCGGAGCCGCGGAUGGGCGCGUCCAUCAUUCGGCUCUUCUUCCACGACUGCUUCGUCAACGGAUGUGACGCGUCGAUCCUCCUGGACGACACGCCGGCCUUCACCGGCGAGAAGAACGCCGGCGCGAACGCCAACUCCGUCCGCGGGUACGAGGUGAUCGACGCCAUCAAGGCGCGCGUCGAGGCGGCCUGCAAGGCCACCGUCUCCUGCGCCGACAUCGUCGCGCUGGCAGCUCGCGACGCCGUCAACCUGCUCAGGGGCCCGACGUGGAACGUGCCGCUGGGCCGGAAGGACUCGCGCACGGCGACGCAGAGCGCCGCCAACGCGAACCUCCCGGGGCCCGGCGCCAGCGCCGCGUCGCUCGUGUUGGCGUUCGCGGCCAAGGGGCUCUCGGCGCGCGAGAUGACGGCGCUCUCCGGCGCGCACACCGUGGGGCGGGCGCGCUGCGCCCUCUUCCGCGGCCGCAUCUACGGGGAGCCCAACAUCAACGCCACCUUCGCGGCGGCGCGGCGGCAGACGUGCCCGCAGGCCGGCGGGGACGGCAACCUCGCGCCGUUCGACGACCGGACGCCCGACGCGUUCGACAACGCCUACUACGCGAACCUGGUGGCGCGGCGCGGGCUGCUGCACUCGGACCAGGAGCUGUUCAACGGCGGGUCGCAGGACGCGCUGGUGAGGAAGUACAGCGGCAACGGCAAGAUAUUCGCCGGCGACUUCGCCAAGGCCAUGGUCAAGAUGGGGGGGCUCCUGCCGGCCGCCGGGACGCCCACGGAGGUCAGGUUGAACUGCAGGAGGGUUAACUAGGGAUGGUUAACGAUUGCCUGUCAUCACACACAAUUUAUUAUAUUGUGUAUAGUUAGUCUUCUUCAGCAAAAUGAAUUGCGCAGUGCAUACACUUUUUCUGACUGAAACAGAGGAGAAGACGCUACUAAAGAAAAGCAUGUCGAAGGAUACGCCUGUCAAAA